GCUAUCCGAUGGCUGAGCAUGACCGCAUCCCGUGCACUCUCUGUCUUUCUCUGGUGUUAGUAUAUCACGUUAACGUUGGGCGGGACCACCGGCCACACCGCCAUUAAUACUCUUUUCUCCCAUCUGCCUCCUAUCUCUCUCCCCCUCUCUUUCUAAUCGCUCCAUUUCUCUCUGUCUACUUGUCAACAGUUGUGUGAGGAUUUUAAUGAACCAAAAUUCGAAGAGUGGUCAACCUAGCCUGUCUCAGCUUCGGCGAAGGUUCUCAUAGACCCACGGAAAAACCACAUAAGCGACAGAAUUACAAAAUUCAAGCCUCCUCCUCCACUCUAAACUUUCUCUUUCAGGAAAAUAUUCAUUAGUUUUUCACUGAAAUAGAGUCCCAUAGAAGUUUUGUGAAGGAAGGAACCAAGAGGGUAGUUUGUUUUCUGGGAGGUAGUUUCCAUGGGGAUUUGCUUGAGUGCUCGAAUUAAAGCCGAAAGCCCAUUUCACACAGGUGUGAAUUCCAAAUCUGUUAGCACAAAUGGGAAUGAUCUAAGCAAUUUGAGUGACAAGGUCUCAUCAAUAUCAGUCCCACCAACUCCUCGGAGCGAGGGUGAGAUCUUGCAAUCGCCCAAUUUAAAGAGCUUUAAUUUCUCUGACCUCAAACUAGCUACGAGGAACUUCCGUCCUGAUAGUGUGUUAGGAGAAGGUGGUUUUGGCUCGGUUUUUAAAGGAUGGAUUGAUGAACAAUCAUUCACGGCUACCAAGCCUGGGACGGGCAUGGUGAUUGCCGUGAAAAGGCUCAACCAAGAAGGUUUCCAAGGUCACCGCGAGUGGUUGGCCGAAGUGAAUUAUCUGGGGCAGUUUUGUCAUCCUCAUCUUGUGAAUCUGGUUGGGUAUUGUCUGGAGGAUGAACAUCGGCUAUUGGUGUACGAAUUCAUGCCUCGUGGCAGCUUAGAAAAUCAUUUGUUCAGGAGAGGUUCUUAUUUUCAGCCUCUUUCUUGGAGCCUUCGUUUAAAGGUUGCGCUUGGAGCUGCAAAGGGGCUGGCUUUUCUUCACAGUGCAGAAACAAAAGUGAUAUAUCGGGACUUCAAAACUUCUAAUAUUUUACUCGACUCGAACUACAAUGCAAAGCUCUCUGAUUUUGGGUUGGCCAAGGAUGGGCCAACAGGUGACAAAAGCCAUGUUUCUACUAGGGUUAUGGGAACAUACGGAUAUGCAGCUCCCGAAUAUCUAGCCACAGGUCAUUUGACUGCCAGGAGUGAUGUAUAUAGUUUUGGAGUAGUUCUGCUUGAAAUGCUGUCUGGCCGAAGAGCAGUAGACAAGAACAGGCCAUCAGGAGAACAUAACCUUGUAGAAUGGGCCAAGCCAUACCUGGCCAACAAACGCAAAAUUUUCCGUGUUCUGGAUAACCGUCUUGAAGGCCAGUACUCAUUGGAGGUAGCCCAGAAGGCAGCAAACCUUGCAUUGCGAUGCCUGUCUGUAGAACCGAGGUUCAGGCCAACCAUGGAUCUGGUGGUAAAAGAACUGGAGGAACUUCUGGAUUCCAAGGAAAUGGCAAACAAUCACAGCAGCAACCGGAGCAAUGGGUCUAGACCUCGUAGAUUAAGUGCAGAUGAUGCUAGGAGUAAGAACACUCCAGCUGCUUAUCCGAGGCCAUCUGCUUCCACCCUUUAUGGCAAGUAAAUCAAUCAAUUGAAUUGUCAUUGGGAACGCAGGAAUUUAACUAUAUUUGGUAAGCGAUUGUACAGUUGAUUGUACAGUUGUUUCGGCUAAAUGUAUUCAAGAUCAAGCUUUUUGUUGACAAAAUUUCUUGGUGAGUUUGUAAUCACUAAUAUCUGCCAGGUUGUGUGUUUGUGGGAUUGUUGCCAAAAUGUUUGUAGUACUAAGUAGAGAGCUAAGAUAAGUGAUGGUAGCUCUUCUUACUGGUGGGAAUUUUCCAUUUUCCCCUACAAAAAGGGAUGUUUUUCUUCUACAUGUAAAUUAGUUUAUUACAAUUUUUUGAUUGUGUUCUUCAAAAAGAAUGGAAAAGCAAAU